UCUGACCUCCGAUUUUCUCUGACAGCCCCCCUCUGCCUGCUGACCCUACUGCUGCUACCCCUCAGUCUUGGGGCUCCCAUCUCGCCAGCUGAGCCCAUCAGUCAAGCCUACAGCCUGGCCCUCUACAUGCAGAAGAAUACAUCAACACUGCUGCAGACUUACCUCCAGCACCAGGGCAGCCCCUUUAGCGACCCUGGUUUCUCAGCCCCUGAGCUUCAGCUCAGCAGCCUGCCUCCUGCCGCUGUCUCCUUCAAGACCUGGCAUGCCCUGGAUGAUGGGGAGCGGCUGGGCCAUGCCCAGGGGGCCUUCCUGGCCUUGACCCAGCACCUCCAGCUCGUAGGGGAUGACCAGAGAGACCUGAACCCUGGCAGUCCUAUCCUGCUGGCUCAGCUCGGCGCCGCAAGACUCAGGGCCCAAGGCCUGUUGGGCAACAUGGCUGCAAUCAUGACUGCUCUGGGCCUGCAUCCCCCGGAAGAGGACACUCUCGGUGUUGUUGCCUUUGGGGCUUCAGCCUUUGAGAGGAAAUGUCGAGGCUAUGUAGUGACCCGGGAAUAUGGCCACUGGACAGACCGAGCUGUGAGGGACUUGGCUCUGCUCAAGGCCAAAUACCCUGGAUAA